UGUAGCGGCGCUCUGUGGUUUUAGAGAGAGCCUCGGGUCCUCCCUCCUGCUUUUCACAUGAUCUCUGGAAGCCUUAACAGAGGAGACGCAGGAAUGUGGAAAGGAGCAGCAACAUCGAUGGCUGAGCGAAGCCGCGGUCCCUCCAUAAUGCGUUUGUUUUACGCCGCCGUCAUCUGGGUGACAGUCGUCCGGUUCACCAACGGAGUCCCCUGGACGCAAGAAAAGCUCCAGCACAGAGCCGUCACACUAACACAAGAUGAGAUCCAAACCGCCCUGGCUCACACUGAUCUGGAGCAGAUGUGGCUGAGGGACCUGACGCCUCUGCUGGUUACUAGGUACCCGGGAUCUCCAGGGAGCCAGGCUGUGCAGGAACAUAUCAAAACCACCCUUGAGUCUCUCGGGGCAGGCUGGGAGGUGACGGAGGACAAGUUUGUGUCGCACACACCCUACGGGUCCCUUCCCUUCAACAACUUGAUCGCCACCCUCAACCCGUCAGCCAAGCGCCGCCUGGUCCUGGCCUGUCACUACGACUCCAAGUACUACCCGCAGCACUGGGACGGGAGGGAGUUCCAAGGCGCCACCGAUUCUGCUGUGCCCUGCGCCAUGAUGUUGGAGCUGGCUAGAGCCCUGGACGGGGAACUGAAGGCUCAGAAGGCCUCCAGUCCAGAUCUGACCCUGCAGUUGCUCUUCUUCGACGGCGAGGAGGCCCUUGUCCAGUGGACCUCCACAGACUCCCUGUACGGCUCUCGCCACCUGGCCCAGAAGAUGGAGAGCACCCCUCACCCAGCAGGAGCCACGAACACCAACCAACUUCACGGCAUAGAUCUGUUUGUGUUGUUGGAUCUGAUCGGAGCGCCCAGCCCUCGCUUUGGCAACCAGUUCCCCAACACGGCGCCCUGGCUCACCAGACUUCAGAAUAUUGAAAAACGCCUGCACUCCAUGAACCAGCUGGUGGAGCAUCCUAACAGCGUGCAGUAUUUCUGGCCCGAUCUCACCGUGAGCCCCGUCCUGGAUGACCACAUACCAUUCCUGAACAGAGGCGUGCGCGUCCUCCACCUCAUCCCCUCCCCCUUCCCCUCCGUGUGGCACACGUUCGACGACAACGAGCACAACCUGGACCGCUCCACCAUCCAGAACCUCAACAAGAUCAUGCAGGUUUUCGUCCUGGAGUACCUCAACGCCAGACCCGUCGUCCCCUCGAACCCGCAAAACGCCCCGUGAGCCUCCCGGCGCACGCCCUGCACCUUUUGACGUUUCACUGUUGUAAAGAUCUUCAGCUGUCACUUAAAGGACUGUAAGAACACAAGGCAAAUACUAUUUAUAUCUAUCCACGUGUACGCCCUGGUUAAUGACUAAGAUAAGAUGCUGAAACUCAACUCUGGGCAUCGGAUGCACAGAGCAUUUCACAUAGACGACAUAUCUAGAGGUGCUUGAUGUCACACACCUUUUAUUUUGAAAGUCUGAAUAAAAAACAUCUCAGUGAA